AUGAGCUCCCGCUCCCAGACCCUGACGUUUGCGGUCAACAAGAAUGGCCCCAGCGCGGGCGGAAACGCAGGCAAGGCCAACGCUAACGCCGAGAAGAAGAGCAACGUGGUUCAGGUGAACACAGCGACAAAGUCGCUCUACCUGGGCGUCGCCACGGGACGCGCCUUCCCGUACGUCGCGCGCUGGUUGCAGGAGAAGUCCAGUGAGAUGCGUGACAGGGCGGGGGCGCUGGAGUCGGAUUGCAAUACGGAGCUCGUGCGCCAGGUGAAUCAGAAACACAAGGGCGUUAUUGACGGUCGCAUGGAAAGCUUAAAGGAAAAUCAAAAUAUGCUCAAGUUUCUUCAGGAGAUUCAGUCUGUGCGGGUGCAUCAGCGCGUGGUGGGGGCGGCGUGGCUCGCCUCCUUUCAUAACGCUGCCGACGCGUACAGGACUGAAUUGCGUAAAAUGGAGGAGGAUCUCCGUCGGCGGCUGCACAUUGCCGAAGAGUGGACCGUGGGUGGGCAGCGCACCGCUGUCAUGGCAAAACUCUCGCGGAUGGAGCAGCUGCUGGACCAGCUGCGACGUCGUGCCGACCGCGAACAGGCGCGGGAGACAAUGCGGCGGGACCAGACGCAUCGGCACAUGUGUGAGGCGAUGGAGAAGUUGGUGGGAGAGGUUGGGGACACCGUCACGUGGGAGUUGCAUCAGCGCAUACACGGCCACGCGCACAGGUCCUUUUCGGGGCUACCCACUGCCGUGCCAGUCUCGACGCGGGACGACGUGUCUGAAGAUGCUGCCUCCUCGUCCGCUCCGUCGGGGGAGCAGGAGCUGCUCGAGGAGGAGCGACAGCUGAAGCUGGAGCUGCGGCGACUGGGGCGGCUCCGCGGGAAACGAGAGGAUGCGGCAAGAGGGCGUGACAAGAAAAGGGCACGGCGCCCGGUGAGGCCGCAGCAUGGGGAGACACAGGCGGAAUCACUUCCACAGGAGCCGGCAAGGAAACAGAGGGAGCAGCGGUGGAGCGAGGAGGGGGUGGAGCAGGAGGGCGGCGCAGCGGCGCAGCCGGCACAAGACGCGGCAACGGCAACAGAAGCCGCAACCAAGACAGGGGACGAGGCCACCGCCUCGUUGCUGCCGCAGCUGUCAUCGCCCAUCACUACGCGUCUCCCAACCGCAGAACUGUCGGUGCAGUCGCGCAGGCUGCAUGGUGACAAGACGUGGACGGAAGUGGUGGAGGGGCUGACGCUUCCCCCGCUGGUCAUACCGACGAAAGCGGUGGUAACAGACGGUGGGGAGGACGCCGCCAAAGUCGGUAACCAGCAACCUGCCGAGAGCGUUGCGCCCCGCACGCAACGGCGCCAGCAGCACCGUGGCUUAAUGGGAGUGCGGCCGUUGAUUGUUCAACCGCCUACCCGCGUCGGCCUUGAUGCCAGCGGACGUCUCAACUCCGACCAUAUCGCAAGCCUGUUGGCUGUCUUGGCUGAGGACACCGCCCAUUUUGCCACCUCACGUGGGAAGAUGCAGGCGGAGGUGAAGCGGCUGCGUGACGAGCUGCGUAAACACCAGGAGGAAACGGCGCGGAUGAUGCAGGUCAGCAUUGGGCUCGAAUCCAAGCGGGCGCAGUUACUCGUGCAGCGAGACGCGCAGGUGACUAAGCUCCAGCUCAUCACGGCGGAGAGGUGCUCGCAGGAGCAUGUAAUGAAAGUGGACGCGCAGUUGCUAAAUGAGGAGCUCUCCCACACGCUGCAGGUGUUGGAGGAGAAGAAGCGGAAGCGUUUUGAGGAGAUGGAGCAGGUGCGGGAGUCGAUUAGUGAUUUCAGGCAGCGAAUUGUGGACCACAAUCGACUGUUGCAGCAGGUGCGAGAGUACUGGCGCCGUAACGUAGCUGUGCUGCGGCUGGUAAAAAACACUGGCAGCUGCAGUGCCGCGGCGGCGCUGAGGAGCACCCGUUCGCUCAGCGGCAGCACGGAUGCUUUCCCUGCGCCUCUGGAGGCCACCUUUCGCUCCCCCACAACUUCCGUACCAUCCACGGGCCUAGUUGAGGAAGGGGAGCGGUCUGAAGCCUCUCUGUCGAAUCCCUUGUUUGUGCCUGCGGCAUACCCCGAGGCAAAUAUAGGGGAACAGGUGUCGGGGGAGUGCCAGUCGAUUCCAGCGCUCGGCCUGUAUCAGCCAGACGAGGUGGCGGAGUUUAUCUACAGCGUCUUCGAGUAA